AUGUCAAUAAUACAAUCUCAGAAUAAUACAAAUCGUCAAAAUGGAAAUAUCAAACAAUGGAUUGAUGGUAGAAGACAAUUUAAUGAAAAUCCAAAAGAAGGUAUACGUUGGCUUGUUGAUAAUAAUCUUAUUCAAAAUACACCAGAACAUGUGGCUACGUUUCUAUUCAAUGAAACAGGUUUAAGUAAACGUGCAAUUGGUGAUUAUCUUGGAGAAAAAGAUGAUUCUCAUAUUGAAGUUCUCAAACAGUUUGCUCAUAUGUUUGAUUUUUUCUCGACUGAUAUUGUUGAAGCUCUGAGACGUUAUUUAUUUACAUUUCUUCUUCCUGGUGAAGCACAAAAAAUCGAUCGAAUUAUGGAAGCUUUUGCUCAACGUUAUUAUGAAUGUAAUCCAGAUCUAUAUGCUAAUGCUGAAGUAUGUUUUAUUCUAUCAUUUGCUAUUAUUAUGUUAAAUACAUCAUUACAUAAUAAAAGUGCUCGUUGUGGUGGACCAUUUACAUGUGAAAAAUUUAUCAGUAGUUUACAUGAAGCUAUUCUACGUCAACAUAUGCCCGAGACAAAUCUAAUCAAAAAUAUUUAUGAUAAUAUUAAAAACAAUGAAUUGAAAUUUCCUGAUGAUGAUAUUGAUUUAUCGAAUGUUAGCGCAAGAAUUAAAGAGGGUGGUUCUACAAUAAUUAAAGAAGGAUGGUUAUGGAAACAAGGUGGUCGUGUUCGACAAUGGAAACGACGAUGGUUUAUUAUAACAGACGGUUUUCUUUUCUAUUAUGAAUCUAGAACAGAAGUUGAUAAUCCUCGUGGUAUAAUACCAUUAAUUGAUAUUGGUGUUCGAGAAAUUGAAGAUGAUCGUACAAAACAAUUUUGUUUUGAACUUUUUCCACUUGCUGGAGAAAAAGUUAAAACAACAAAACCUACACUAGGUGAAAUAGGAAAAGCUACUGAAGGUCAUCAUACUGUUUAUCGAAUGUCAUCAUCAUCAGAAGAAGAACGUAAAGAUUGGAUUCGUGCAUUACGUAUUGGAAGUCAAAAUGAAUUACCUAAACAGCGAUCAUCUUAA